AUGGUAAUCACGGAAGCACACUGGGAGUCCCAGUGGAAUAUGAAUGACAUGUGGACACGGGGAUUUGAGCGGCUGAAAAAAUCUUCUCUUCUUUUUUAUUUUCUGCAAGAAUACUUAAUGGGAAACAAAUAUCAAUGCUUUUUUAAUUUAGCAGAUAUAUUGUGGUUUGCCGCUGCUGGGGCUGCGGUGCAGUCACGAGUUUCAGCAGUCCUCUUCUUCCUCCAUUUCCCCUGCACCUCUGCUGUGUGUUUCCGUGUCUAUUCACAUGUUUUUCCCUCAUUUGUUGCCUCUUUUUUUGCGUACAUGCAGGCACACGCACACGAUGCACAAAAUAUUGCGCUGUCCAUGGACGAUCGCCAAUCAUUUCUCUGCUGGUUUUCUUCUGCUGCUUUCUUCUGUGGACAUGAAGAAGAGAGAGACACCGGGAGGGGGUCCACUGCGUUUCCUUCAUUUUGCGUGCAGCGCACCGCGUGCAGCAUGAUUGCUUUGAAAUCCAGCACCGCCCGGCACAUCGAUGCUGCACGAGGUGAGAGACGCUUCUUUUCGGCUGUUGGUGCACGUGAUUGUGCGUUCGCGCGGGAGUUGGCCCUUUUGCGUGUUUGUGUCUCUUCUGUAGAUGUGCGAUGGCGGUAA